AUGCAGGGUCUUGCGGAUGGUCCCGUCAAGACUCACCUGUUCCGGCUUGAACUAGAUUCACUAGAACAAGCCAUUUCCAUUGCGGAGCAGGAAGACUUCAGUCUGAGACAGGAUCGCGCCAGCUCGACAUCAUAUCGUCAACCGAGACGUUAUGACAGCGGAGGUCCAGAGCCGUUGGAACUCUGUUAUGUAGAGAGCGAGAAGGCUCGCUCUGCAGACUACAAGAAGUUGCAGAGAUGCAACACAUGUCAAAAGACAGGACACUACGCUUAUGAGUGUAGUGCCCCUCGUCCAGUGUCUCGCAACACUGGGCGUAGUGACCGUCCACCCAUGAGAAAGGGGCAGGGACGCGGGUCCGCUGUUGGUGCAAAGACGCAACAACGGGAUGGAACGUAA